AUGUUUGUAAAAAAUGAUGGUAUAUCGAGACACUGGAUGAAGGAAGAACCACAAACCGAACAAACAGCGAACUCCACGACAUCAUUCGUGGCUUCUAAUAAUAAUAAUUCACUUGCGACGAACGCUGCAACUGAUCCUUCUUUACAGAAAUGGUGUCAAGGAUGUUUAGAAAUCAAGAGAGAAGUUCAAGAAAUGAAACAAAAUAUGGAAAAGAAAAUAUUGCUUCUGAGUUGUCAAGUGAAUAAUGUAUCAGCCAAUGAUAAUUCAGCUUUUUUAUCAACUCCGCCAGUUUUGAAAAAUACUGCACCAGAAUGUCCUGUUGCUUUGCGACCUUUGCCAAAUUGUUCGCUAACAUCGCCACUGCUUUACUGGAACUCUUAUUUACCACAAUCAUUGUUUCCAAGAGCAGAUCCAAAUCUCACAACUUUGGCUUUACAUGAAGCAUUACAAGCCAAGACUUGGAAUUCUUCUUGCAAUGCGCAAAAUGGGCAAAAAGAUUCUAUCAAUGGUGAUGUUCCAAUGGUCGAAAGUGAUUCUUCAGUUUCUACAACAUCAGCGAAACCAAAUAUCUUCAAUACUGAGCUGGCUAAUUUGCCUAAUUUAUUUGCAACAAGGUACGGCUUAUCUCUCAAUUCGUUAUAUCUUCAACAAAUGCAACAGUUAGUGGUUAAUGGGCAAUCGGAACAAUUUCAGUCACCUUUACAGUUACACCAACAAUUUCAGCAUCAAAAGCAGCAGCAACAUCAGCAGCAACAACAACAGCCACAACAACCAUUACAGAUUAAUUCACUAAGUGAUAAAAGAUCAGCUAUUCAUGAAACAUUAACUAGUGCCAGGCAACAUAAUACACCUCAGCAACAUCUCAUUCAACAAUUUUUGAAUAGUAAUAGUCAGGCAGUUCAACCAACUAUUCCUCAGCAGCAACAGCAACAGAAUUCUUCUCAGCGACAAGCUAUUGUAUUACCAACGGAACGCAAAAAAGCCAUAUCGGAUGAUUUUGUCAAAUAUAUAAGGCAGAAAGGAAUAAGUCAGAGCAGCAUUUCUGGCAUUCAGAUUCCAGUACCACAAGCAUUUGAAAGUGAUCCUGACUUUACUCCUGCAAGUGAAGAACAAAUCAUACAGCAGUUUCAUCAAAACCGUAGAUGUGAAGAGGAUGUGCGGAAAGCUAUGGCUUUUUUAUCUAAAAUGCUUGCCGAAAAACGAGUCUUUGGCACAAAACUUAUGGCUCUAACGACUGUGGCUGGACCCAAUCAUUCCACUUACAAAAAUUUACCUGAAGAAGGCAUACAUUAUAUCGCAUACGUAUGUCGUAAAGUGAUGAUGAAGCGUGUGCCUGAUGAUGAGGAAUUCUGGGAAGUUUUUCGGGAUGUUACUCGAAAGUUAGCAGCACGUUGUCGACGCGUUCGACAUUCGAAAAAAACUCUCAAGAAUAAGGGAGCACUUUGUUUACGUCAGUGUGGUGGUGUUGGUUCGAAUGAAUCAAAGUCGUCACAGUGA